GUACGAGUUGUCAUAAUUGAUGAAAACGACUGCAUUCCAGAGUUCCUCCAGUCCAUCUACAGCAAGGAUGGCAUACCGGAGACUGUGACAACGGCAACGUCCCUGCUGCAAGUGUCAGCCAGUGACUGUGACUCCGAGGAGAACGCGGAGUUGACCUACUACACCCUGAGUCCAGACUUCACCAUCUCCCCCCAUGGGACCAUCUUCCCUGCGGGGCCUCUGGACUACGAGAGGCCCAACCACCUGUACGAGUUCGUAGUGAUGGCGAUCGACAAGGGGGAGGUUCCUCGCACCGGUACAACCACCGUACGGAUUCGAAUGGCAAACGUCAACGAUGAGGCGCCUGAGUUCUCCCAACAUAU